UUUGACGGCCCGCCGACGCGAGCUCCGAACACAGCGCUACAAAAGUGACAAUAGCUCGCUGGCAGGUAAAAGUCUGCGCAGCCUGCAACGCUAGUGGACCCGCACGGUACUUCCGUACGCCAACGAACUUCGACCGCUGAAGCAAAGUAACUGCGUGUGUGUGGUAACGCAAGCCCCCAUUCAUCGAAGUCCCUGUCCUUGAUGUCAGCCGAAACAAUCGACACUGACAGGACACCGUAACUCGUCCGACAUCAUCAGCCGGUGCAUAUGCUUGACGCGCAAUCAGUGGAAUUCCUCUGACCGUUGCCGCCUCCACGUUCGUCCCUUCGCCUUUCCCAUUUCGCGCUCACGAUGGCUCGAGUUGAGCAGGAAGUACUGGACCUCAUAGUCGACGACCUCGAGGGCGACUAUGGGGCCCUCAUGGCUUGCGCGAGCGCCAGCCGGUACUUGCUUCCUCGGGCACAGUACCACAUUUUCUCUAAAAUUUCCCUCAUUCCGCCCAACAUCAAAAAGCCACUCUCCGAGGUCCAGCUCAAGGCGCUGAACCUCACGUUGCGGCCCUUCAAUAUCCACCGCUUCGUGGACAUCGUGCGCCGCGAGCCGCGCAUCGCCACGUACGUACGCGACCUCGAUAUCCUCGAGGGCGGCUGGGGCGCGCUCUCCUUCACCAAGCAGGAUGAGCACUACGCGAGCCCUUGGGUGGAGGAGUUUUCGGCGGAGCUCUGCGAGCUGCUCUCCCAGUUCACGCGGGUGCGCCGCUUCUCGCUCGGUCGCUGGACGGGAACCUUCCCGCCGCAGCUGAGCGAUUGUAUCUGGCGUCUCCUCCUGCGGUGUCCUAUCCGCCACCUGACGCUAUACGACUCCCUCAUCCCGAUGGCAGUCGUGGAGGGCUGCCCUGGUCUCGAGAGCAUGCAGCUUGGCUGCAGCUGCACCUUGGCGGGCCCGGCGGCCAAUGACAUGUCGCUCGUCGUGUGCGCGCCCAAGGCUGUGCAGCUGCGCGGCCUGAACGUGUCCGGCCUCUGGGGGAACAAUGCGAUCGUGAAGUCGCUUCUGGCGCGCUUCCUAGACCCGAACUCCGCGCUGGACGCGAGCUCCAUCCGGCACCUGUAUCUCACGCUCGACUCCGCCGAUGGCGAGGAGCUCCUGUGCGUGGCGACGCUUCUGCAGCUGUGCGCGCCGUCGCUAGAGGCGUUCGAGUUUCGGGGCGCGAUGAAUGUCGACAUGCCCAUCGAGACGUUCAACCGAUACAUCGACAUAUCCUGCUGCCGGACCUUACGCGUGAUGACUCUCUCCUGUGGCCUCGAGUCCCCCGACACUGCCGACGACGACUACCGCGACCCGAUCCCGGCGGUGAUCGAGCUUCUUGGGCGCGUGCGGUGCUCCAUCGAGGUUGUCGAUCUCAACCUCAUUCCCGUCGACCUCGGUGACAGCGCCGAUGCGGAGGAGGACCUCGACGUCGCGGACAGCUACGCGCCGUACUGGGAGGCGCUCGACACGUUGGCCUCGGCAGCGUUCCCGCGCCUGCGCGACGUGAACCUGAUCUUCCACACGUGGGGCACGAUGUCGCGCGAGGUCGAGCACUGCAUCUUCUCGCAUAUGCCCAACCUCUACGGCUCGGGAAGGUUGCGCAUCAGCUACUAGGCGUCCAUUCUCAUCGACUUGAUGAACGGCAGGACCGAUAUAUAUCGUGUUUGCGCUGGUACCUUUCUUUGGACCAGGCGCAAGCACUUUUUACUUACGGUAGUUUCCGGCUUGUCAAAAGAGAGCUCCGACGUUUCAGGAGCGCUGUUGCAUCGUACCUCCUUUUGACGAACCGGGUCUGUACUUCGAACUAUGGCCUUUCACCGCUCGCACUAUGCGCUGCGACCCUCCUUAUAUAUUGGAUUCUUGUCGUGUAGGAAAAGAGUGUAAAAUCAAUGUAGGACGAUUUGAAUAACAGUGAUGCAAGGUGGACGAA